GUUUUAAUUUCGAUUUAAUAAGCAUUUUUCUGUAGAAGACCUCAUUUGGGCUUCACAACUUUUCAACCACAUUUAGGAUGUGCGUAGGGAUAUUUUUCAUCAUUCUAUUGAGACAGAGACUGAGGAUCAAAGGGAGACCACUUAGCGUCGAGGUGGCAGCCAAUUAGAGUGGCGUGGUUCUCGGAUCUUCUGGAAGCAUCGGUUGCUCAACCAGAUCUGCGCGCCCAGGCCCAGAACUCGCGGGCCCGGGACAGCCGCAGGCUCCCGCCCUCGCCUCGCCUCUGCGCUUGGCCGCUCGGCGCCAUCUUUGAAUCUGGCACCAAUGCCUCACUUCCGCAGUUUUCCUUGCAUAGGGGUAGUCGCGUUUGCCCUGAUCCUGCUUUUUCUGGAUACAGGGUAUGCAAAACUGGUCAGGCUUCUCUCUCUUGCCAAGAAGAAUCAUUCAUUUUCUUUCUUUCCGGCCUUGCAGAAGGCGUUGCGACCAAUUCAAACAUGGCGCCGCAAGCCUCAGGUUCCCGGUUUCCGCUAAUGGCGGUGUAGUGGCGAAGGUCACGUCUUAGUGGACCGGCGCGAGAGGGCGGAGCCGUCUCCAUGGCAACCCGCGCGCAGCGCUGGCUGCUCAGCCUGGUGGGAAGCGCGGGUGCUGCGGCGCUGGCAACCGGCGGGGUUGCGAGCGGCCCGGGGCCAGGGCGGCCGGGACCGUUGCAGGAUGAGACCCUGGGUAUGGCGUCCGUGCCCUCGCAGUGGAGGGUCGUCCAGGGCAUCCGCGGGGAGACGAAAAGUUGCCAGACCGCCAGCAUUGUCACUGCUGACACGUCUGCCCAGGUUCGAAAUCAUGCUGAUGCCCAGGUGCAGACGGAGGCCCUGGAGCCUGUCAGUGUGCAGCCCCCAUCCCGGUGUGACAUCCCCCGGCUCGCAGCCUUUCUUCGGAGAGUGGAAGCCAUGGUCAUCCGAGAGCUGAACAAGAACUGGCAGAGCCACGCGUUUGAUGGCUUCGAGGUGAACUGGACCGAGCAGCAGCAGAUGGUGUCCUGUCUGCAUACCCUGGGCUACCCCCCAGCCCAAGCGCAGGGUCUGCAUGUGACCGGCAUUUCCUGGAACUCCACUGGCUCCGUGGUGGCCUGUGCCUACGGCCGGGUGGACCAUGGGGACUGGAGCACGCUUAAGUCCUUCGUGUGUGCCUGGAACCUGGACCGGCGAGGCCUGAGUCCCUGGCAGCCAUCGGCUGUGGUGGAGGCGCCUAGCGCCGUUCUGUGCCUGGCUUUCCACCCCAUUCAGCCCUCCCACGUCGCAGGAGGGCUGUACAGUGGCGAGGUGCUGGUGUGGGACCUGAGCCGUCCCGAGGACCCACUGCUGUGGCGCACAGGCCUGACAGAUGACACCCAUACAGACCCUGUGUCCCAGGUGGUGUGGCUACCGGAGCCCGGGCACAGCCACCGCUUUCAGGUGCUGAGUGUGGCCACUGAUGGGAAGGUGCUGCUCUGGCAGGGCACUGGGACAGGCCAGCUGCAGCUCACAGAGGGCUUUGCCCUGGUCACGCAGCAGCUGCCACGGAGCACCAAGCUCAAGAAGUAUCCUCGGGGAGAGACUGAGGUGGGCGCCACGGCAGUGGCCUUCUCCAGCUUUGACCCGAGGCUGUUCAUUCUGGGCACGGAAGGCGGCUUCCCACUCAAGUGUUCCCUGGCAGCUGGAGAGGCGGCCCUCACGCGGAUGCCCAGCUCUGUGCCCCUGUGGGCCCCGGCACAGUUUACCUUCUCUCCACACGGCGGUCCCAUCUACUCUGUGAGCUGUUCCCCCUUCCACAGGAAUCUCUUCCUGAGUGCAGGCACCGAUGGCCACGUCCACCUGUACUCCAUGCUACAGGCCCCGCCCCUGACCUCGCUGCAGCUCUCUCUCAAGUACCUGUUUGCUGUGCGCUGGUCCCCAGUGCGCCCCUUGGUUUUUGCGGCUGCCUCUGGGGAAGGUAACGUGCAGCUGUUUGAUCUCCAGAGAAGCUCCCAGAAACCCACAGUUUCCAUCAAGCAAACCCAGGAUGAAAGCCCUGUCUACUGUCUGGAGUUCAACAGCCAGCAGACUCAGCUCUUGGCUGCGGGCGAUGCCCAGGGCACAGUGAAGGUGUGGCAGCUGAGCACGGAGUUCACGGAACAAGGGCCCCGGGAAGCUGAGGACCUGGACCGCCUGGCAGCGGAGGUGGCCACCUGAGGGUUCUGGGAGGCGGGUGCAACACUUUGCUGUGCUGAGCCCUGAUGUGAACUGAAUGAAGAAAAGCAAAGCUUUGGGUGAA